UCCUCUUGCUCUACACACGGACAUAUUUUGAUGGGACACAUAGAAAGCGAUGGAAACGCUGCGGCGGGACGAUCUUGUCAAAACCAAAACGUGAAGUGACAGUUGGAACUACAAGUAUCAUUACGUAAAAGGAAUAUUUUAACGUCAAAGCGACCGUUUAACAUGUCUGCAGUCGCCUUAUAGUUUUUCGUUUUGUUUUGUAAAUGAAAAUGUCCAGGCGGUAAAACAAGCUUCUGACCCUUCCAAAGAUGGAGUCCCCUGCCCCAAAUACUGAGGUUCGCCAUGCAGUGGCCCAGUGUUUCCGGACCCUCACUACGUCCACAGACAACAAAGACAUUAUCGCUGCUCUUCAGAUGCUCCACUCUUACCUGGAUGAAGGACCAGAAAGUAGAACCACUUUACCUCAGCGGGCAGAGUUCAGGAGAGCUCACUACACUCGCUCCCUUCAGUUCCUUGUCAGUAACAUCCAGGCUGACUGGUUGCACGGCCUCACAGCAGCCCAGCGCACGGAGCUGUGGGAUGGCCUCUUCCUCAAAGGCCCCCCAGAGCAGGCGCUGCUGGUGCUGAUGGAGGGAAUAGGAGAGCUAAGGCCCAGCACAAAUCUGGACCACCUGGUCAGCAUCACAGAGAGGUUCCUUCAGACUGGUCGACUCGCUGACCUGCUGUGGUCCUACUGUCAGGGGGCAGGACCCUCUGACUCCCCUCAGCUCCGAGAGACACUGCUGGGACGUAUUGUGGCACUGCCCGACCUCACUGCCAACAGGUUACAUCGAAACAACAAACCCCUCUUUCUUCCUCAGCAGUAUUACCCACUACUGGCUACAGAGAUGCUCACUGCCCUGGAGCAAACCUGCCAAGCACUUAAAGAUGGCACCGACUGCUCCUUGAUUUUUGUGGCGCAGACACUUGGGAAAGUGUGUAUCCAGGGCCAUAGUGGUCCGGUGCUAGCAGUGAUGGCUCCACGGCUGUCUGUAUGCACGCGCUCUGACAUGGUGUGGCAGAGGGUUUGCUGGAAGCUGCUUGAGAACGUUCCCCAGCGAUGGGUGGAGAGCGUGCUCACUUCACUGGUGCAGGCUGUCAGCGGGCCUGACGCUUUGGGCAGGAUCAUUGGGAAUCUGGUCCUAACGAAUAGAAAGGCCCAGUAUGUUAUCACUCAUAAGCUGCUGUUAUUACAAUACAAGUAUGAGACACGAGUCUUGAGAAACAUUUUGGGUCACCUCGCAGCAGACAGGGAGCGAAGGCCACUGCUCAUCCAGGUGUUACGGACUGUGUCUCAGGCUUGGGCUAACCCCAGCGCAGUGAAGCACACACCUAUAGAGCAGCAGCUGUAUGUCAGUAAGGCCUUACUGCUGAGUGUGAGUCUGCUGAAAGACUCUGAGCUGCACGAGCUACGCUCAGACCUACUUCAGUGCAUGCUGGGCGGCAUGCAGAGCCACCUGGACAGCAGUGUGGUGCGUAUCAGGCAUAUGGGCAUGGUGGUGGGAGAGUGUCUGAGCUCACGCAUGGAUAUCAGUGGAACAAAGCUCAAAUUUGAGUAUGAUCAGGAUGAGGAAACUCAAGAGCUGCUUUCUCUGAUGACUCCCAGUACUGGUGACGAAGCAGAGGCUGAGCCUGUAAAUAGAGUUGACACUACUCAAGAGACCAAUGGAACUCCAACUCCGCCUCCUCAGAAUGAAUCAUCUCAAAAUAAGCCAGGCUCUGACCUGGACAGCGAUGAUGAGCUCACUCCCUACGAUAUGUCAGGUGAUCAGGAAAUAAGUAAAGCCACCCCACCCCGCUACCUGCGAGACUGUCUGGAAACUUUAAUUUCCUCUGAGGACUCGGUGCGCGUGGAGCUCAGUUUGAGAGUCGCAGAGGGUUUGGUGAGGAAGAACGUCUUUGCGGCCAGAGAGAUCAGUGUCCAGCUGACCAAAGUGCUCCUUCACAUGGAGGAUAAAUACAGCAUAAAUGGCUUCCUGAGCCUCAGACAGGCGACCAUGGUAGCAGUCACUGUCACUGACUGUAUCCCUGUAACUCAGUAUUUGACUACAGAGUUUUACUCCUUGAACUACAGUCUUCGCCAGCGGCUCGAUAUCUUGGAGGUCCUUGCUAUGGCUGCGCAGGAGCUCUCUAAGCCAGUCACUGAAAAGAGAGAUCCAUCUGUGGGUAUUACUGCCAGCACUGAUUUGACUCCAUACCCCGGUGACAACCCCGUUCACUGGCGACAAGAAGUGGAGAGGCGGAUUCAGAGCAAGACAAAACGCCUCAGGAAGGGUGCCACACAACCUCCGGUGAAGGCCACCCCUAACCGUUACGCCCCCGUUGCUGGACACUUCUUUUUUCCACUUCUCAGGAAUUACGACAAGCCUCAAGUGACCUUUGACCUCCUGGGCAGCGACCAUCUGGUACUGGGCAGGUUGAUCCACACCUUGGGCCUCUUGAUGCACCUGGCAGUCAAUGCACCAAUAGCUGCACAGAUGGGUCGUGCUUUACUGGACUUUGUGUGGGCGGUGCGCUACCAUGCUGACCAGAUGGUGAGACGAGGUGUCCUCUUCGCUGUUUGCUCUGUGUUUCUGAGCAUUAACAGUCAGAACCUGCUGGUGGAACUCAGUGAUCAGCUGUUUGAGACCAGAACUUGGCUGGCAGAUGUUGCUGAAGGAGACCCUGACGCAGAUUGUCGGAAUCUGGCUGUACAGAGUCUGGUGCUGCUGGAUAAGAGCCUGAAGAAGCAGCUGCAAGAUCAACAUGCACUGGGCCUGGAGGCAUAGUCGCAGCAUUAACAACAAACAAUGGCACACUGAAUGUGUCCUCUGCCUGCUCCUCACAGAGCCUGGAAACUUGAGAGUUGAUGAAACAGUGUUCUGUCUAUACACUGGCAGAGGGGCCGGCCUUUUUCUUUUGUUUUUUUGCUGGGCAGACCAAUUUUUUCGAUCAUAUGGAACACAGUGAACAUGAGGAAAAGGAGGGAACCUGCUUUUUCAGACGUUUGUGAACGUAUUUCUGCAUUAUGCCUGCACACACGUUUCUCUGCACUGUAUUGUUGCAAAAUUCAUAUCUAAUUUAAAGCAGAUACAGUAUUGAUUGAAUUGAGAAUAGGAUGCCAUUUUUGUCCUCCAAUAAAACACAUCUCAUGAGGA